AGAACAUGUUUGUUCGUAGUAUUCGUUCCUGUCCAGUUAGGCCCCAACCAACUUUCCAAGCCGCCAAGCACCAAUACCGUGGGUUCCAUUCUUCAAAACAAGUUUCCAUCGUUUCCAAUUCUAAAUCUUCAUCCCUCUUUGCCACAAACCCACCUUUACCUUCAACUUCAACUUCAACCUCAACCCAUCUUCGAAGGUAUAAACAGGAACAACAGAGAGAAACCCUUUCUCUCUCUAAGAAAGCAAUGGUGGCGCUACUUGUAGCAACCAGGUCCGACUCGGCUUCCAUCAACCCGGCCAAUGCCCUAUUGGCCAUGCCCGGUUGGCAACCCGGACCCGAUUUCCAGGAUGAUAUGAAGAGCUUUGUGAAUGAAGGGUUGAGGGUUUUGCUGCAUGGGAAGAGUAUAGUGGUGGAAGAUGACUUGGACAAGAGAUGGGAAGAGGUUACAGGAGAGGUUGUUGAUGAAGUCAUCUUCUUUAGCAAGCACACAGCUGUUUCUAACAAACCUGCACUAACUGUUCACCCUAUUGGAGUUCCUCAUUUGCGUGAAGGGGAUGUUCCGCCUCAAGGCGGAAAACCUGGAUGGGCAGCGCUGCCAAAUCCUAGGAUGGGACCUUGGCUUCGACUUUUAAAAAAGAUUGCUGAGGCUCGUAAUCUGGUUCCUGAAUUUGAGAUUACUUUGGAGGCCACUCAUCAUGGACCAGUGACUAAUAAGCCAACCAUGUUUCUAGAGAUUGGUAGUACAGAUGACUAUUGGAAGAGACUAGAUGCUGCUGAAGUUAUGGCUCAGUUAGUCUGGGAAGGACUUGGACUUGGAGGAGGAACAGAUAUAGGAAACUGGGGCAGGGAGAAUGAUAAGAAGAAAGUCCUUCUUGGGAUAGGUGGUGGACAUUAUGCACCUCGGCAUAUGGAUGUAGUACUGAAAGAUGAUGUUUGGGUGGGGCACCUGCUUUCUGGAUAUUCACUGCCAAUGGAAGACCCAAACAAUGCAAAGGGAGAAAGAAAUACAGAGAUCGGUGGUACUUGGAAAGAGUCUAUAAAAGCUGCAUAUGAGGCCUCUAAAUCUGCUUUUCCUGGUGGUGAAAUUCUUGCACAUCUUGACCACAAGAGUUUCAAAGGCUGGCAAAAAAACGCUAUCACAGGAUUCCUCACAGAGCAGAAUAUAAAAAUUGGAAAGCCAAAUAACUUCUAUUGAGUUUUGACUUUAGUGGAUUUCUGCAGACUGCGGAAAGAAGCUGGCUUAAGAUUUUUGUAGAACAGCAGACUAGCAAUUCAGUUCAGUUCACCUUUAGAUUAUUGUGACAGUUAUUAAGUGAAGUUUGUGAUAUACUGAUAUAUAGAUAAAUUCUAAUUUUAAUAAAAAUUAUACAUGUAUCAAUCAAACAAUAUAGAAGCUUGGCAUUUUAUGUUAUGUUCUUAUGCAUUUAUUUGUGGAUUUGUACCCUAGACUGAUGAUAAAUGUACAGCAGAUUGGUUAUGUUACCUUGACAAUAUUUGAGUCAAAGAUGAACAAUAAAUUAUAGUUCCAUGACCACCUA